AUGUUAAAUAACCACUAUCUAUCUAUCUAUCUAUCUAUCUAUCUAUCUAUCUAUCUCUAUCUAUCUAUCUAUCUAUCUAUCUAUCUAUCUAUCUAUCUUAGUCUAUUCAUAUCUAUCUAUCUAUCUAUCUAUCUAUCUAUCUAUCUUAGUCUAUUCAUAGCCAUCUAUCUAUCUAUCUAUCUAUCUAUCUAUCUAUCUAUCUAUCUAUCUUUCUUUCUUAGUCUAUUCAUAUCUAUCUAUCUAUCUAUCUAUCUAUCUAUCUAUCUAUCUUUCUUUCUUAGUCUAUUCAUAUCUAUCUAUUUAUCUAUCUCAAUAUGCUCGCAUCUACUAUUCAUAUCUAUCUAUCUAUCUAUCUAUCUAUCUAUCUAUCUAUCUAUCUUCGUCUAUUCAUAUCUAUCUAUCUCAAUCUGCUCGCAUCCAUCACUUUCUGUUUAUAAGGUUAUUUUGCUCAGUUUAUUCAUAUCUAUGUUAGUCUAUUCCUAUCUAUCUAUCUAUCUAUCUAUCUAUCUAUCUAUCUAUCUAUCUAUCUAUCUAUGCCAUCCAUCUGAAAAUUUCUUUCCAAAUAACUCCUUCUCAUUCUGUUUUCUCUCAACCAACCAACCAAUCUAUCUAUCUAUCUAUCUAUCUAUCUAUCUAUCUAUCUAUCUAUCUAUCUAUCUAUCUAUCUCAACCUGUUGUUAUAUGUCUCAGCAACUUCAUAUUUGCCUCCCUCCUUUCACUAUCUCUAUUUCAGCAUAUCCACAUCUAUCUAUCUAUCUAUCUAUCUAUCUAUCUAUCUAUCUAUCUAUCUAUCUAUCUAUCUAUCUCCUUUUCCAUCAUCCUCUUAAGAAAUGA